AUUGUAGAAACGAGCGGUGAAUUAAUGAACUGUGUUCCAUUAUCCAAUUACUGGUAUCUCGCGCGCCAUCAUCAUCUGCACGGUAAUCGGCAUGAUAUCGUCGGUAUCGGAGCUAAUUUUGGCCGCCCUCGGGGUGCUGCUUGUGUUUAACGUGCUGGCGUACGUGAUAAGGUACGUGCGCCAUCGCCCCUCGGAUCGGUUUCCACCGGGACCGCCCCGAGUGCCGCUGCUGGGCAGCUAUCCGUUCCUGUUGGCGCUCAACUACCGCCACCUGCACCGGGCCGCGGCCAAAUUGAGCGAACUAUACGGGAGCAACAUCCUGGGGCUGUAUCUGGGCCCAUUACCGGCCGUCAUCGUAAACGAUCACGCGCUCGUCCGACAGGUUCUUCAUCGAAGCGAGUUCGAGGGGCGUCCGGAUCUGUUCCUGGCACGCCUCCGUGACGAGCAGUACGCACGACGAGGAAUCUUCUUCACCGACGGGGACAGUUGGCGCGACCAGAGAAAGUUCUUUCUCAAAACGCUGCACGAGUACGGGUUCGGGCGGCGAAACGACAACGUGGAGCAGGAUCUGCAGGCCGGGUUGGAAGAGCUGAUCAGCCUGUUGAAGGAGGGACCGAAACACGAUCAUGAAAGGGCGCUACUCAACGCGUCCGGGUAUGCGCUCUGUCCGCAGCUUUUCUUCGCGCUGUUUUCGAACGUCAUGCUGCGCAUGCUCACCGCAUCGCGGCUGGAGCGCGAGGAUCAAGCCGUUCUCUUCGAGGUUGGCGCCAAUUCGCUCGCCUUCCAUCGCCAGGGCGAUGAUUAUGGGCUCGCAUUGAGCUACAUACCCUGGAUACGGCACGUUCUGCCCGGGUUCAGCCGCUACCGAUUGCUGCGGGAGGUGAAUCAGAAGGCUAACGGAGUGAUCAAAUCCCUCGCCGAGCAGUGCGAGAAAACGUACGACGAAAACGACACGCGUUGCUUCAUUGACGCGUACAUUCGUGAAAUUCGGCGCAAUGGCACCAAAGCCACAACGGGCACCGAUUGUUUCGGGUUUGAGUACGACCAACUGGUUAUUGGCUGUGCCGACUUUCUGGUGCCUGCCUUUUCUGCCGUACCGGCCAAACUGGGACUGAUGCUGGAGCGCUUGGUAUCCAAUCCGGAAGUGGUCAAGAGGAUGCUGGAAGAAAUUCAACUUAACGUUGGCCACGUACGGCUACCGCUGCUAGACGAUCGUGCCAAUAUGCCAUACUGCGAAGCAGUUGUUCGUGAAGCACUACGUAUCGAUACUCUGGUGCCGUCCGGAAUCCCACACGUUGCCACAGUGGACACGGAACUCGCAGGAUAUCAGCUUCCGCGGGGGACGCUGGUCAUCAACGGACUGGAUAAAGUGAACCAUCAGGAGGAUAUUUUCGAGAACGCGGAAUCGUUCCGCCCCGAGCGGUUCCUCGAUGUCGAUGGAAAGCUGUGCCUAGCGAAGGACAUGUCACUGCCGUUCGGGGCUGGCAAACGAGUGUGCGCCGGGGAAACGUUCGCACGCAACGCACUCUUUCUCACGGUGACGACGCUGGUGCAGCAGUUCGAGUUCUGCACGGAGUGCCCACCGGAACCGAAGCAUCACCUUACCGGUGUCAUUCGCACAACACCCGAUUAUAGAAUUAAGUUUUCGUGCUUUUACUCUCUUCGAACCAUCCGACACGGAACCGGUUCAGUAACCAGUGAGAUGUUCAUAACGACGAGCGUGCUCCUCUGGGGCACCGUGUGCUCGCUGCUGCUCUACUACUUCUAUCGCUCGACGUUUAACAGACCGGCCAAAUUUCCACCGGGGCCACCGCGGUUACCGUUUCUUGGGGACUAUGGCACGCUUUUGCUGAUCAACAAUCGCCACCUGCAUAAGGCAGCUACGGCACUCUGCAAUUUCUACCGUACCAAGCUGCUUGGCGUGUCGCUCGUGAAUUUUCCGGCGGUCGUCGUUAACGAUCUGGCCUUAGCACGUGAAGUGUUGAAUCGCAAGGAGUUCGACGGGCGGCCCGAUUUGUACUUGGCCCGGAUGCGCGACAAAAACUUCAAUCUUCGCGGCAUCUUCUUCACGGACGGUCCGAACUGGAAGGAGCAACGGUGGUUCAUACUGCGUUACCUUCGCGAUUACGGAUUCGGUCGCAGGUUUCCCGCGCACGAAGCGGAAGUGAACAGUGAACUGUUGAAUUUGAUCGACGUGCUAAAGCACGGGCCCAAGUUUGAGCACGAAAAGAGUGUUAUGAAAGACGGUUAUGUGAAGUGUCCCAACAUUCUGUUUGCACCCUUUGCGAGCGCGUUUCUACAAAUCGUGACGGGCGAACGGUUUACGCGUGAAGAAUCUGGCAUUUUGUACGAAACUGGCAAAAAUGCAAUGGUUUUCCAACGGAAGGGAGAUGACUAUGGAACGAUUCUCAGCUACUUCCCGUGGACGCGCUUUAUUUACCCUAUUUCACGAAAAUAUGAGGCUAUUCGCAAUGCCUCAUUGGCCGUGAAUAACUUUAUUGAUUCGAUCAUCAACAAGUAUCAGAGCUCGUACGAUGAAAACCACAUCCGCUGCUUUCUGGACCUGUACUUCCAGGAGAUGAAGAAGACCACCCCAAAGGAGGCAAAUGAGUUCACCUUCCAGCCCGAUCAGAUGGUGCUCGGUUUGGUAGACUUCUUCUUUCCUGCUAUCUCUGGAGCAACCACACAGGUUGCGAUGCUUCUGGAACGACUCCUUCACAACCCGCACGUGGUUGAGCGGAUGCAGCAGGAAAUCGACCAAGUUGUCGGUCAGGGACGCCUACCAACGCUGGACGAUCGCCCGUACCUUUCCUUCACGGAGGCAACCCUUCGCGAAGGCAUGCGAAUCGAUACACUGGUCCCGUCCGGUGUUGCGCAUCGGGCGCAAAGUGAUACCACACUUCAAGGGUACGAAUUACCGAAGGAUUGCUUCCUCCUCAUCGGCAUGGAUGCGAUGCACAACCAGAAGGAGUACUGGGGCGAUCCGGAAACAUUCCGCCCCGAACGGUUCCUCGACGAUGCCGGAAAGCUGUGCUUAGCGAAGGACAUGUCCCUGCCGUUUGGGGCUGGCAAACGAUUGUGCGCGGGUGAAACGUUCGCCAGAAACAUCAUGUUUCUAACGCUUGCCGCCCUCAUGCAGAAUUUUAACCUACGGCAACCUCCAUCCGACCGUCUGCCGGAUUUAUCGAAACGAUCAACGGGUGUCAUCAUAUCGCCCGCAGAUUACUGGCUGCGCUUUGAACCAAGAUAAAUUAUCCGGCUAUCGAUAUUCGGUUGUAAUACGUUGCUUUGUGUGAUGACAAUACUAUGAAGAUGUUCUGAUCUAAAAUAUGCAUUCAAGUGUCAAGUAGAUAUGCGGUUAAAUCGACAGAUA